CGAUGACAACAGGUAGAUUUUCUAAUCUGGGCUGUUUUUAGAAGGACCCACCAACACAACUCACAUUGGUGCCGAAAAAAUGGUGAACUGUGGACACGCUUACGUCAUAGCCGUCGUCAUGGCAACGUUAGUAAAGACAGGGAAGGGAAUUGAGUGCCUUCAGUGCUUUGCCACUUCUCUGCCUUCCUCGUCCGAAGAUGUCGAUCGUUGCCGAAACCUCACAAACCCGGCCGAAGCUCAGCCGUGCACUGACGGACAAGCCAAAUACUGUUAUGUGCAAGAGAAGAUAAUAGCUGACAGAACUACGCAGUUCACGAGAGGCUGCUCUCGUACCCAGGUUGGUGCGGGAUGCCGCGAAAUGGAGGAGCCAAUCGAAGGGACGGAUUGUACCGUUUACUGUCACGACUUUCCGGGCUGCAAUAAUGCAACAAGCCGCGCGGUGGCGCUUCAGGCUAAUGCAAGAAGCAACGUCAAACUCUUUGCAGUCGUGUCGCUAAGCUGUUUAUCAAUGAAACUUUGCAUGUAAAAUGUCGUGAAGAGUCCGAUAUAAACAUUGAUCAGCACUUUUAACGUAAAUUAUAACAGAUUAAGAGCAAUUUCAAU